AUGCCUCUGGCCUUGACCGUGGCGCUGCUCUGGGGCCUGAGCGCCCCCGGCGCCUGGGGCUGCCUGCAGUGUGACCACUCGGUGCUGGAGGCCCUGAGGCAGCUGCGCGCCGCCCUCGUCCCCAGCCACUUCCAGCACGAGCAGCUGCAGCGCCGGGCCCGGGCCCUGCUGCUGGGCAUGGAGGGGCCCUUCUUCCGGGACUUCGCGCUGAACGCCUUUGUGGGGAAAGUGGGCAUAGAGCCGCUGAACCGGGUGGCGUCCUUUGUCAGGAACCAAGCACAGCACCUGAUGGCUAAUUCCCUGAAAGAUGAGCCUUUGCUGGAAGAGCUGGUGACUCUUAGGGCGAACGUGAUCAAGGAACUCAAGAAAGUGUUAAGAUCCUAUGAAAUGAAAGCCUGUGAUCCCAAAAUUUGCCGCUUGCUGAAAGAAGAGAUCUUGGACUGUUUACAUUGCCAGAGGAUUGGCCCUAAAUGUAUCCAAAAAAAGUACUGCUUUGUGGAUGGGCAGCCCCGCACGACCCUGCAGUACCAGACGGACAGCGAGUCCCCGAGGAACUGGGCUCUGUGGGGUAUCCUCAGUUCUGUGUUCCUGGCCGUCUUGGUCUUCGUGGUCAUCGUGGUCUCGGCUUGCACGUACAGGCAAAACCGAAAACUCCUGCUGCGCUAG